AUGGCUUCCACAAAGAAGUCCAAGGCGAAGGGGGCUCCCCCCGCCGGGCUGGCUUUCAAGCCCGCCAACAAAAUGCGCCGGCAGCUGCUCCAUAUGAGGCGGAAGCGGGCUGAAGAGGCCGCCCGACUGAAAGAGCGGCUCGCCAGAAAAAAGGAAGAGGCGAAAAAUCCCAAAUUGAAAGAGGAACGGCUGCGCAAGAACAUACCGUUGACUCUCGAACGGAAACGUGUCUGGGAUGAAGUCGACAGCGACGUGGAGGACGGACUGGGACUCAGCGUCGAUGUGGAGCGAAUCAAGCGACAGAAGCAAGAGGAAGAGGCCGAGCUCAACAAACCGAUUUCAGAGCAAGAUGAGAGCGAUGCACAAGAGGAGGAGGAAGAAGACGAUCAGGAUGAUGAAGUCGAUAGCAUGAUCAUGACCGAUCCCGAAGAUGACGAUGAAGACAAAGAAGAUAGCAAAGCGAAGAAGCAGAAGAAGGAAGCCGGCUCACGAAAGUCUUCCCUUCCAACACCAACUGAGCGCGCGACAAGUCCUACGCUGUCUACCAAGAGCACGAAUCUGAACCUGGUACCCGAGGCAUUGGCUGCCAAAUUCCCGACACUGUUCACCAACGAUUUCCCCAUGCCCAAGAUCCUCAUCACCACCUCGAUCAAUUCCACCUUACACCAUGAAGCCCAGCUCCUCACAGAUCUGUUCCCGAACAGCGUCUACAUCCGGCGGACGGCACAUCGGUACGCGUACAAGUUUUCCGUGAAAGAGAUUGCGUCCUUUGCGGCGAAUCGCAACUACACGGCGGUGCUGGUGUUGGAGGAGGACCAGAAACGGCCCUCGGGGCUGACCAUCGUCCACCUCCCGCAGGGCCCGACCUUCCACUUCUCCAUCAGCAACUGGGUGGAAGGGAAGAAACUGCCGGGCCACGGCAGGGCGACUGAUCACUGGCCCGAGCUGAUCCUCAACAAUUUCCGCACGCCGCUCGGUCUGCUGACGGCCCAUCUGUUCCGCACGCUCUUCCCGCCGCAGCCGGACUUUGAGGGCCGCCAAGUCGUGACGUUACAUUGUCAACGCGAUUACAUUUUUUUGAGACGGCAUAGGUACGUCUUCCGCGAGAAGCGCGAAACAGAGAAGCCCGUCGUCGGCGCGGAUGGGAAAGAAAUGAAGGGUGUCGAGAACAUCAAGGCCGGUUUGCAGGAGCUCGGGCCGCGAUUUACCUUGAAGCUGCGCCGGAUCGAUAAGGGGAUACAACGAUCCAGCGGACAGGAAUGGGAAUGGAAGGGAUCGCUCGAGAAGACGAGGACGAAAUUCCAGCUAUAA